CUACUUAUCACCGACGAAGACUCCGCUUAUAUCUGAUAAGUCGGUAGAACGAUGUCUCUGUGCAAAGAAGAACGCGUCCAAGAAAGCGAGGUCUAAAGUUUCUCAAUCCCCCAAUCUUCUCCUCCUUCUUUAUAUAUUCUCUCUCUCUCUCUCCAUUUUUCUCUAAAAGCUAGAGCUCUUCAAAACCCUAGAAAUCCUCGAAAUCAGAGUCUUUACCUGGGCUCGUGUCUUCAGAGCUCGGAUUCGUGUUUCUUUCGUCGUCUCUCUUCUUCGUUUCUCGUCAGAUUUGAGAUUCGUUGAGAAUGUCGUCGUUGAGUCGAGAGUUGGUGUUUCUGAUACUUCAAUUUCUGGAGGAAGAGAAAUUUAAGGAAUCUGUGCACAGGCUUGAGAAAGAGUCAGGAUUCUUCUUCAAUACCAAGUAUUUUGAUGAGAAAGUUCUAGCUGGAGAAUGGGAUGAUGUUGAGACGUAUUUGUCAGGUUUUACUAAGGUUGAUGAUAACAGAUACUCUAUGAAGAUUUUCUUUGAAAUUAGGAAGCAGAAGUAUCUCGAGGCUCUUGAUCGGCAAGAGAAGGCAAAAGCAGUUGAGAUACUAGUGCAAGAUUUGAGAGUUUUCUCCACUUUCAAUGAGGAGCUUUACAAAGAAAUCACUCAACUCUUAACUUUGCAAAACUUUAGGGAAAAUGAGCAGCUUUCAAAAUAUGGAGACACUAAAACUGCUCGGGGCAUAAUGCUAGGCGAACUUAAAAAACUAAUUGAAGCGAAUCCACUUUUUCGUGAUAAAUUGAUGUUCCCUACUUUGAGAUCUUCGAGACUGCGGACUCUGAUUAAUCAAAGCCUCAAUUGGCAGCACCAGUUGUGCAAGAAUCCUAGGCCAAACCCAGAUAUUAAAACUCUAUUCACAGACCACACUUGCACACUUCCGAAUGGUCCUCUCGCACCUUCAGCAGUCAAUCAGCCUGUUACUACUUUGACGAAGCCAGCAGCUUAUCCGUCACUUGGACCUCAUGUUCCCUUUCCACCUGGUCCUGCUGCUGCUAAUGCUGGUGCUUUAGCUAGUUGGAUGGCUGCUGCCUCUGGUGCUUCUGCUGUCCAAGCUGCCGUUGUUACACCUGCCUUGAUGCCUCAACCUCAGAAUCAAAUGUCAAUCUUGAAGCGACCAAGAACACCACCAGCAACUCCAGGUAUAGUAGAUUAUCAGAAUCCUGAUCAUGAACUAAUGAAGCGUCUCCGCCCUGCUCCAUCUGUGGAGGAGGUGACAUAUCCUGCUCCUAGGCAGCAAGCUCCAUGGUCGCUGGAAGAUUUGCCAACAAAGGCAGCUCUGGCGCUGCAUCAAGGGUCCACUGUGACAAGCAUGGAGUUCUACCCUAUGCAAAACACGUUACUUCUUGUUGGAUCUGCGACGGGAGAAAUCACAUUGUGGGAACUUGCCGCUCGAGAGAGGCUGGUUUCAAGGCCAUUCAAGAUAUGGGAUAUGUCUAAUUGCUCACAUCAGUUUCAGGCUUUGAUAGCUAAAGAAACACCGAUAUCUGUCACUCGCGUUGCAUGGAGUCCGGAUGGAAAUUUCAUUGGGGUUGCGUUUACAAAACAUCUAAUUCAGUUGUACGCUUUCUCUGGACCUAAUGAUCUUCGCCAACAUACUGAGAUUGAUGCCCAUGUCGGUGCUGUGAACGACUUGGCUUUCGCCAAUCCAAACAGACAACUAUGUGUAAUUACUUGCGGAGAUGAUAAAUUAAUCAAGGUAUGGGAUGUUUCUGGUCGGAAGCAUUUUACUUUUGAAGGCCACGACGCUCCAGUUUAUUCCAUUUGCCCUCAUUACAAAGAGAACAUUCAGUUCAUAUUUUCAACCGCCAUAGAUGGGAAAAUAAAAGCCUGGCUUUAUGAUAAUCUGGGUUCCAGAGUUGACUAUGAUGCUCCCGGUAAAUGGUGUACGAGGAUGCUUUACAGUGCUGAUGGUACUAGAUUGUUCUCUUGUGGAACGAGUAAAGAUGGAGAUUCUUUCCUAGUUGAGUGGAAUGAAAGUGAAGGAUCAAUUAAAAGGACGUAUAAAGAGUUUCAGAAAAAGUUGGCAGGUGUGGUUCAGUUCGAUACCUCAAAAAACCAUUUUCUGGCUGUUGGUGAAGAUGGACAAAUCAAAUUUUGGGAUAUGAACAACAUCAAUGUUCUGACUAGCACUGAUGCUGAGGGUGGACUUCCGGCUCUUCCCCAUUUGAGAUUUAACAAGGACGGCAAUCUUCUAGCCGUUACUACGGCAGAUAACGGAUUUAAGAUCCUAGCUAAUCCAGCUGGUUUCCGAUCUCUUCGAGCGAUGGAAACUCCAGCUUCUGAAACGAUGAGGACUCCAGUUGAUUUCAAAGCUGUUCCUGGUGCUCCUGUUGCGUCUGUCAAUUGUAAAGUUGAACGAGGCUCUCCUGUUAGACACUCACAAAUGCUGAAUGGAGUUGAUCCCUCAAAGUCGAGAAUCGAUGACUCAACAGACAAACCAAAAUCUUGGCAAUUAGCUGAAAUCUUGGACCCUUCCCAGUGUUUCCAAGCUACUUUACCCGAUACCGCUGGUUCUUCCACAAAGGUUGUUCAGCUUCUGUAUACGAAUUCCGGUGCUGGAAUCUUGGCACUAGGUUCCAAUGGUAUCCAGAGACUCUGGAAGUGGGUUCCCAAUGAGCAGAACCCUAGUGGAAAGGCAACUGCUACUGUUGUUCCUCAGCAUUGGCAACCAAACAGUGGUCUUCUUAUGACCAAUGAUGUGUCUGGUGUAAACCUUGAAAACGCUGCCCCAUGCAUCGCUCUCUCUAAGAACGACUCAUAUGUCAUGUCUGCUGCUGGAGGAAAAGUCUCGUUGUUCAACAUGAUGACUUUUAAGGUGAUGACAACAUUCAUGCCGCCUCCACCAGCAUCAACGUUUUUGGCGUUCCAUCCUCAGGACAAUAACGUCAUCGCCAUUGGAAUGGAAGACUCUACGAUUCACAUCUAUAAUGUCCGAGUGGAUGAGGUCAAAUCAAAGCUAAAGGGUCACCAGAAACGCAUCACAGGCCUAGCAUUUUCUACAGCCCUCAACAUCUUGGUUUCAUCUGGUGCUGAUGCACAGAUCUGCUUUUGGAGCAUUGACACAUGGGAGAAGAGGAAAUCCGUUGCAAUACAAAUGCCAGCAGGAAAAGCCGCCAAUGGAGACACGCGGGUUCAGUUUCAUGUGGAUCAGUUGCGUAUUCUGGUAGUCCACGAGACACAACUGGCGGUAUUUGAUGCUUCCAAGAUGGAAUGUAUCCGACAGUGGAUUCCACAAGACUCGCUGUCUGCUCCUAUAUCUUCAGCGGUGUACGCAUGCAACAGCCAGCUGAUCUACACCACUUUCCGCGAUGGUAACAUUGGAGUAUUUGACGCGGACAGUCUCAGAUUAAGAUGUCGUAUCUCUCCAUCCGCCUACUUGCCUCAAGGGAAUCAAGGCUUGUCUCCUCUUGUUGUGGCGGCUCACCCGCAAGACCCAAACCAGUUUGCGGUAGGUUUGAAUGACGGGUCAGUGAAGAUGAUGGAACCGACAGAGGGUGAAGGCAAGUGGGGGAUGAUUCCACCCUCUGAAGCUAUCAAUUCACCAUCCACCACAAGCAACCAAACUCCAGAACAGUUACAAAGAUGAACAAACCAGAAUGGCUUCCUCAUAAUCCAUCAAUGUAACUAAUCUCGAUUAUUUAUAGGCAGUGUCAUUAGAUCUUCAAAUGUAGCCUUAGUUUCAAGAUUUCAAGAUUUCAAGAUAUUGAAAAUUGGUAAGAAAUAAAGUUUGUAUAAACUACCUGCAAAUCUCUAAUGAGUGAAUCAACAAGAAACUGAAACU